AUGGACUUAGUAGAAGAGACCGCCACACCACUUAAGGAGUUCGCCAAGAACUCUAUCCGUCUGUUCAAGAAGUGCACCAAGCCGGACCAGCAAGAGUUCCAAAAGAUUGCUCUUGCUACUUUGGUUGGAUUCCUCAUCAUGGGUUUCAUUGGAUUCUUCGUCAAGCUGAUUCACAUCCCAAUCAACAACAUUCUCGUCGGUGGUGUCUAA